AUGGACCGCCUCGACAAAACCCAUCACAGGAAGCUGACACUCCUGACGAAAACCCGUCCCACUUUGGACGCACCCGACGGAGGAAAUUCCACCUUACCUCAUGGUAUCAAGGUCUGGUAUGAUCCUGGAUAUGCUGAUGUCGACAUUGUCUUCAUUCAUGGCCUCACAGGCGACCGAGAACGGACAUGGACCCAUGAAGCGGCCCUUCAAUCGUGGCCACAAGCAAUCCUGCCAAAUCACUUGCCAAGUGCGAGGAUAUUGACGUUCGGAUACGACGCUUAUAUUGUUCGAAAGGGCAAAGCCGUGACCAACCAGCUCAUGGAUCAUUCGCUCGACCUUUUGAACGCCUUGACGUUGUGCCGACAAUCACCACAGGCGUCUUCCAGACCUUUGUUUUUUGUCGCCCACAGUCUUGGAGGGCUUGUUUGUAAGGACGCUAUUUUACACUCAAGGAACAAUGCCGACGCUCAUCUGCGAGCUGUCUUCGAUUCGACUGCGGCCAUCGCUUUCCUGGGUACUCCACAUGCUGGUUCUGAUCUAGCAUCUUGGGCGAGACUAUCGGCAAAGGCACUCGGCGUUUUCAAAUCUACGAAUACAGACCUCCUCUCAGUUCUGCAGGCUAGCUCGGAAGUACUCCACCGCAUUCAAAACGACUUUGUCUCCAUGUUGCGGGAUCUAGCUUCAAAGCAGCGAUCACUGAAUAUCACAUGCUUUUGGGAGUCACAACCUAUGCCAUUGGUCGGUAAAAUCGUGGACAGGACGUCCGCCACGUUGCCGGGCUAUAAUGCGAUCUCGAUUCAUGCAAAUCAUAGGGAUAUGGUCCGAUUCCAUGCUGCAGAAGACCCUGGCUUUGUCAGUGUCCUGGGUGAGCUUCGACGGUGGGUUGGAGACAUCCAAUCUUCUGAACUUGACCGAACAGCCAAACUGAGAGCUAGUGAGCUGGAAGAAAAGAGACUGGGACAAAUGGGGACUGAUUGCCUCAAGUCAUUAUCAUUUGCCGAGAUCGGUGCCAGGAAGGCCAAUAUUGAUGAGCCGAGUCCGCAGACCUGCGAAUGGCUUUUCCAUGAUCGCCGUUAUCAACGCUGGAAUAGUAUUGAUGGGCGUGGCGAGUUCAAGGAUGACAACUUUCUCUGGAUCAAGGGGAAACCAGGCUCUGGAAAGUCCACCUUGCUAAAGCGAAUCGCGCAGGAGCACGAACAGAAUGCGCACACAAAUGGCACUCUCUGUCUCAGUUUCUUUUUUAAUGCACGUGGCGCCCUGCUUGAGAAAUCUACCCUCGGUCUCUAUCGGACUCUGCUCUUCCAGCUUCUACAAAGAUCGAAGGUUGCAAUGGCACAAUUUCUGCCUCGUUUCCUCGAAAAGGAGGAGCAGCAUCCUGGCGAGAAAGUGACCUGGCAGAUCUCUGAGAUUUCCAACUUCUUCCACACGGCAAUCUCGCAGCCACUGGCAAUCCCGCUGUACAUUUUCAUCGAUGCGAUGGACGAGUGUGAAGAGUACGAAGUGAGGAAGGUGGUCAGAGACUUUGAGAACAGCUCCGCAGCUGCGACCUCGAAUGGCGUUACUGUCAAAAUAUGUCUGUCCAGUCGGCACUACCCUCAUAUCAGUCUCCGCCUCGUGCCCGUCCAGGAGAUCUUUGUGGAGAAUCACAAUUCUUCAGAUAUUUGCUGCUAUGUCUCGCAGGAGCUCAACCUUCGGUAUGAUGGUCUCCGUGUUGAAUUGCAAGAGGGAAUAGUUAAAAAAGCUGGCGGCAUAUUCUUCUGGGUGCUGUUUAUGGUUCGGCGCCUCUUGAAGGCUCAUGACCAAGGACUCACGGAAGAGCAAAUGAGAAACCUCCUGCAGAGAGUCCCGCCUACUCUCGAAGGCCUGUUUGAAGAGACACUGGUGAGUAUGGAGCCAGAACGCCGUUGUUCAUUCUCGGCCAUGGCACCAUGGGUGAUGUGUGCCUUCCGUCCACUCAAGCUUUAUGAACUUCAUGUCGCCCUAGCUUUUACUGCUGAGGAGCAUCCACUGUCGCUCCUGGACGGCAACGUUGUGAAUGCGUUCAACCCCAAGCGUUUUCGAAAGUAUGUGACGGAUGUCUCGGGAGGUCUCUUCGAAUCGAUAUCUGUUGGUGGCGAAGUUGUCGUUCAAGUCAUCCAUGAGUCAUUCAGAGAGUUCUUCCUGAAUCCCAAUAAAGCAACGGUGGUAAUACAAUCAACUUCGGGCUUCUCAUUUCUACGCCAUGCUCACGAACGUAUACUGGCCGCUUGCGUGCGUUACUUC